CCCUUUGCAACGGAAACUUGCUUUGGCAGGACCUUGUCUCGUGUUCUGUUUUUUCUCCCUGUCCGUGGACUUAUAAUCCCUACGAAGACCCACAGAUCAAGGAAAAACUUUUUGAGUCAACAGAGCGGUGCGGCAGCCAUUGUUUCAAGCUCAUCUUCCAUCAUGCUUGCGCCAGGUUCUAACAUUGAUUUUCUUCUUAAAUCCAUUUUCAUACGUGGGUUCUGUGGAUCAUUGCACUUGGUUUUGUUACUCGCUUUAUCUGUCUCAUAUGUGUGCAAGAAACUGAGCAGGAGGGGUGAUGGGGAGGGCUCUAAAGAGACGUUAAAGAUAAAGAGGAGGUUUAUGUGGUAUAAACAGGCUAUGGUCUGUUGUUUGGGUGUCUCAGUGUUUAAUUUCAUCUUGUGUUUGUUGAGCUACUUUUAUCUGUAUGGAAAUGUCUGGUCUGAUGGUGAAGCAAUGACCCUUUUGGAUUUGGGCCUCAGAACACUCUCUUGGGGUGCACUUGUUGUUUACUUGCAUACCCAGUUUUUUAACUCAGGUGAAAAGAUGUUCCCUUUGUUAUUGAGAGUUUGGUGGGGUUUCUAUUCGGCUAUUUCUUGUUAUUGCUUUUUUGUAGAUGUUUUCCUUCAUCACAAACAUGUGUCUUUGGCGAUAGAGUGGUAUUUAGUGUCUGAUGUGGUCGCUGUGUUUACUGGAUUGUUUCUUUGUUAUGUUGGGUCUUUGAGAAGUGAUAUUCAAGAUGUACUUGAAGAACCCCUUUUGAAUGGUGAUUCUAGCUCGAUUGAUAAUUUAGAGAACAGGGGGGCAGAUACGGUGACUCCUUUUGGAAACGCUGGUCUUUUCAGUAUUCUAACCUUUUCUUGGAUGAAUUCUUUAAUUGCUGCUGGCAACAAGAAAACCUUAGACCUUGAAGAUGUUCCUCAACUUCACGGUGUCGAUAGUGUGGUUGGGGCUUUUCCAGUUUUUAAAAAUAAGCUUGAGUCGGAUUGUGGUAGAGUUACAAGGUUCAAGUUCGCAAAAGCUUUGUUCCUGUUAGUCUGGAAAGAAAUUUUAUGGACAGCUUUAUUGGCGUUGAUUCACACGUUAAGUUCUUAUGUUGGUCCCUACCUUAUCGAUGUUUUUGUUCAAUGCCUUGAUGGGCGAGGAGAAUUCAAGAAUCAAGGUUACAUUUUGGCUUUCGCCUUUGUGGUUGCAAAGCUUGCUGAGUGCCUCGCACAUAGGCAUUUGCGCUUUAGGUUGCAGCAAAUUGGAACAAGGCUCCACGCAGUAACAACCACGAUGAUAUACAACAAAAGCUUGACCAUUCCCAGUCAUUCGAAGCAAGGGCAUUCGAGUGGACAAAUAAUCAAUAUUAUGACUAUUGAUGCUAAUAGAAUUGGCAUCUUUAGUUGGUACAUGCACGAUCCAUGGUUGGUCAUCUUGCAAGUUUGUUUGGCCUUGCUGAUACUGUACAGAAAUUUGGGACUCGGGUCAGUUGCUGGCUUUGUUGCGACAGUAAUUGUCAUGUCGUUAAACUAUCCUUUCGGGAGAUUGGAGGAGAAGUUUCAAGACAAGUUAAUGGAAUCAAAAGAUAAACGAAUGAAGGCAACCGCGGAGAUUUUGAGAAAUAUGAGAAUUCUCAAGCUUCAGGGAUGGGAAAUGAAGUUUUUGUCUAAGAUUCUUGAACUCAGGAAAGUAGAGACACGGUGGUUGAAAAAAUACUUGUAUACUUCAGAAGUGAUCACUGUUGUCGCCUGGGUUACUCCGACUGUUGUGGCUGUGGCCACCUUUGGUACUUGCAUGCUUAUGGGAGUCCCGCUUGACUCAGGGAAGGUCUUAUCUGCACUUGCAACAUUCGAGAUUCUUCAAUCCCCAAUCUAUAACCUUCCCAAUACAGUUUCUAUGCUAAUUCAAACAAAGGUUUCUCUCGACAGAAUUGCAUCUUUUCUUUGUCUCGAUGACUUGCAGCCUGAUGCUAUAGAGAAGCUUCCAGGAGGCAGUUCUGAUACAGCAAUCGAGAUUGUUGAUGGAAAUUUCUCUUGGGAUUUGUCUUCACCCAGUGCAACAUUGAAAGAUAUAAACUUCAAAGUGUUCAAUGGUAUGAAGGUAGUUGUAUGUGGUACUGUUGGAUCAGGCAAGUCGAGCUUGCUUUCCUCCAUUUUAAGAGAAUUACCCAAGAUCUCAGGGACACUUAAGCUGUGCAGGACAAAGGCCUACGUUGCUCAGUCACCUUGGAUACAGAGUGGUAAGAUAGACGAGAACAUAUUGUUUGGUAAGGGGAUGGACAGAGAAAGGUACGAGAAGAUACUUGAAGCAUGUUCCCUAAAGAAGGACCUGGAAAUCCUCUCAUUCGGUGAUCAAACAGUAAUUGGUGAGAGGGGUAUCAACUUGAGUGGUGGACAGAAGCAAAGAAUACAGAUAGCACGUGCUCUCUACCAAGAUGCCCAAAUCUAUCUAUUUGAUGAUCCUUUCAGUGCCGUGGAUGCUCACACUGGAUCUCAUUUGUUUAAAGAAGUUUUGCUUGGUCUUUUAAGUUCAAAAACUGUUAUUUAUGUUACUCAUCAGGUUGAGUUCUUAUCCACUGCUGAUCUAAUCUUGGUCAUGAAAGAUGGAAGGAUCGCGCAGGCUGGAAAGUAUGAUGACAUUCUCAAUUCAGGAUCUGAUUUUACGGUUCUUGUUAGUGCACAUAAGGCAGCUUUAUCAGUUCUUGAUUCCAGACAAGCAGGACCAGUUUCCGAAAAUGAAAGUGUCAAAGACAACAAUGGAGGCGAGAACAGUACUGAUGGGAUUGUACAUAACGAAGGAAAUAAAGAUUCACAAAUUGGUAAAGCAGAUGAGGUAGCUGAGCCACAAGCACAACUCAUUCAAGAAGAAGAGAGAGAAAAAGGCAGUGUUGGGUUUCAAAUCUAUUGGAAAUAUAUCACAACAGCAUACGGAGGAGCUCUGGUGCCCUUUAUAUUACUGGCCCAACUUCUCUUUCAGAUCCUUCAAAUUGGUAGCACUUAUUGGAUGGCAUGGGCAACUCCUGUGUCAAAGGAUGUGAAACCUGUUGUUAGUGGAUCUAGACUGUUAAUCGUCUAUGUAUCUCUGGUUAUUGGAAGUUCUUUUGGCAUCCUGACUCGAGUCAUGCUUCUUGUAACAGCAGGGUACAAAACUGCAACUCUACUAUUCAACAAAUUGCAUCUGUGCAUUUUUCGUGCUCCCAUGUCCUUUUUUGAUGCGACCCCUAGUGGACGAAUCAUUAACAGAGCUUCUACAGAUCAAAGUGCAUUAGAGAUGGAAAUUCCAUAUAUAGUUGGGGAACUUGCCAUCCAAGCAAUCACGCUUCUGGGAAUUAUUACAGUGAUGUCUCAGGUGGCAUGGCAAGUUUUUAUGGUUUCCAUCCCUGUGAUUGCUGCAUGUAUCUGGUAUCAGCAAUAUUACAUUCCCUCAGCAAGAGAGCUUUCACAGUUGAUUGGAGUAUGCAACGCUCCAGUUAUCCAAAAUUUUGCAGAAACAAUUUCAGGAGCAAUAAUGAUCAGGAGCUUUGAUCAAGAAUCAAGAUUCGAAGAAAUAAAUAUGAAACUAACAGAUGCAUAUUCUCGGCCCAAGUUUCAUAAUUCUGCUGCAAUGCAAUGGCUUUGCUUCCGAAUGGACAUGUUCAGUUCUAUUACGUUUGCUUUCUGUCUGUUUCUUUUAGUCUCUUUUCCAGAAAAAAUUAAUCCAGCCAUUGCAGGCUUAGCUGUUACGUAUGCGCUUGGCCUACACAUGGCACAACAUGUGUUGAUAUGGUGUUUCUGCAAUUGCGAGAACAAACUCAUAUCAGUAGAGAGAAUUCUUCAGUACAUUUCUAUACCUGCCGAGCCUCCUCUUGUAAUUGAAGCGAACAGGCCUGGCCAUUCUUGGCCAUCACAUGGUGAAAUUGACAUCGAUAAUCUGCAGGUCCGAUAUGCCCCACACAUGCCACUUGUGCUGCGUGGUCUCUCAUGCACUUUCCCAGGAGGAAAUAAAACUGGUAUUGUUGGGAGAACAGGCAGUGGUAAAUCUACCCUCAUACAGGCUCUUUUCCGAACCGUUGAACCUGCAGCUGGUCAGAUUAUGAUUGACAACAUUGAUAUCUCACUGAUUGGCCUGCAUGAUUUAAGGUCAAGACUGAGCAUUAUUCCCCAGGAUCCAACCAUGUUCGAAGGGACUGUUAGAAGUAAUCUGGACCCACUUGAAGAGUACACAGAUGAACAGAUCUGGGAGGUUCUGGAUAAGUGCCAACUUGGAGAUGAAGUUAGGAAAAAGGAAAGGAAGCUAGAUUCCACAGGUUUGUCUUUC